GCCAAUUUGUUUCAAGUAACGCCAAUGGAACUCAAUCACCACCACAUGCUCCGAUGGCCACCACCUCCACCCUCUUUCUCCUCCCCAAACCCUUCACCUCUCAAAACCCUAACAACAAAUCUCGCUACCCUCACCCGCGUUUCACCUGCUGCUCCGUCACAGCCCAAUCCCUCCCCGCCAAGGACCACCUCCUCACCCUCAUCUCCGACCAGGAACGCGGCAUCAAGACCCAGACCGACCCGGCCAGGCGAGCCUCCAUCGUGGAGGCGAUCGACGCCUUGGCCGCUGUCGGCGCCGGCUCCGUCACCACCGGCGACUCGCUGUCAGCCACGUGGCGGCUGCUGUGGACCACCGAGAAGGAGCAGUUAUUCAUUGUUGAGAAGGCUCACUGGUUCGGAACCCGUGCCGGUGAUGUGUUGCAGGUCAUAGAUGUUCCGGGAAGAACCCUCAACAACGUGAUCACGUUUCCUCCGGAUGGAGUUUUCUUCGUUCGGUCGAGUAUUGAGAUUGCGUCGUCGCAGAGAGUUAAUUUCAGAUUUACUAGUGCAGUGUUACGUGGGAAGAACUGGGGAAUACCAUUGCCACCAUUUGGACAGGGUUGGUUUGAUACUGUGUACCUCGAUGAUGACCUUCGAGUUGUAAAGGAUAUCAGGGGAGACUAUUUAGUUGUUGACAGAGCUUCCUACAGCUGGAAAGAGUGAUUGGAACCUUCACUGUAAUUGUGUUCAUAUUUUCAUAAUUAAUAAAAUAUUUUAACUUAA